ACUUUGAGUUGAGGCAUGAAGCAGUAGAAGCAAAAGUUGAGAAGGAAAAAUGGCCUUGAUUUCCUCCGCCGCAAUCACCACCGUUAACCGGGCCUCCCCCGCACAAGCUAGCUUAGUUGCACCGUUCAUCGGUCUCAAAUCGUCGGCCGGUUUCCCGGUUACCAAGAAGGUCAACAAUGACAUUACCUCCAUUGCAAGCAAUGGUUCAAGAGUCAACUGUAUGCAGGUGUGGCCACCAAUUGGCAAGAAGAAGUUUGAGACACUUUCCUACCUUCCACCUCUCACUCAGGAACAAUUGGCUAAGGAAGUAGAGUACCUUCUUAGGAAGGGAUGGGUUCCUUGCUUGGAAUUUGAAAAGGAUUUGUGUACCGUGAGCACAACAAGUCACCAGGAUACUAUGAUGGACGUUACUGGACAAUGUGGAAGCUACCUAUGUUUGGAACCACUGAUGCAUCUCAAGUGUUGAAGGAGCUUGAAGAAGCUAAAACCGCAUACCCUAAUGCAUUCAUCAGAAUCAUUGGAUUCGACAACGUUCGUCAAGUGCAAUGCAUUAGUUUCAUUGCUCACACACCAAAGGACUACUAAAUUUGAUAUUUGCACCACCCUAUAUUACUACUUUGUUUGUAUUAUUUGACCAUUUGUAAGAACUAUAUUUCCUACCAUUUGUUUUUGUUAUAUGAAUGUAUCAUCAUCCUUGUAUUUUUUUUGUUAUGUAUUCGGAUUUCCUUUGGAAAUUAUGAAUGGAUGAGAACUAUCAUUAAUAAAAUAUGUUGCUUUGUUUUUAAA